GGGCAUCCUAUUUGAUGCGAGCGCAACUGACAAAUCUCCUCCUGUGCUUUUCUUUCCAAAAUCGUUGUUUCGCGGCUUGAGACCUGCAAACUCUUUCUGUAGUGGUUGUUUGGAGCCACAGUCGUGCGAGCUCCGUUACUGAUCCACGGAUUAUCAGGGAGGAGUCAACAGCUGGCGGUGUUUGUGGUGGUAGUUCUUUUGCAGAUCAGUGGCGGUAGGUGUUAAAUAAGGAGUUCUAAAAAUGAAUUCUGAUAGCAGAAGCCGAAUCCGGAGCAGAAGCCCAAUGGAUCGUAAGAUCCGGUCUGAACGCUUUUCGUAUCAUGAUGCACCUUAUAGAAGAGAUUCAAAUCGGGGCUUCAGCCAAAGCAAUCUGUGCAAUAAUUGCAAUCGACCUGGUCAUUUUGCCAGAGAGUGUACUAAUGUGUCAUUGUGUCACAACUGUGGCCUUCCCGGGCAUAUUGCUUCAGAAUGCACUACGAAGUCUUUGUGUUGGAACUGCCGGGAACCUGGCCACAUGGCCAGUGACUGUACAAAUGAAGGCAUAUGCCACACUUGUGGCAAGGCUGGACAUCGUGCCAGAGAAUGCACUGUACCACUGAUGCCACCUGGAGAAUUGAGGUUGUGUAACAACUGCUAUAAGCAAGGUCAUAUUGCAGCUGAUUGUACCAACGAAAAAGCAUGCAAAAAUUGCAGAAAGACUGGUCACUUGGCGCGUGAUUGUCCGAAUGAACCCACCUGUAACUUGUGCAAUGUGGCAGGGCAUAUGGCUAGACAAUGCCCAAAAGCUAACAUUCUUGGAGAUCGUGGCAGCAUUGGCGGCGGUGGCAGUGUUCGUGGUGGAGGUGUUCAUGGGGGGAGUUACCGUGACAUUGUUUGUAGAAAUUGCCAGCAGUUGGGGCACAUGAGUAGGGAGUGCAUGGCGCCAUUGAUGAUCUGUCACAACUGUGGAGGAAGAGGACAUUUGGCAUAUGAAUGUCCAUCUGGGCGGUUUAUGGAUCGCUAUUCUCGGAGGUAUUGAUGGUUGAAACUAAAUAGAUUGUGAGGUUGGCUUAAAUUUUUACUUUUUUAGGUGUGAUAUGAGUGUCAAUGGUUGGAACUUAAUAAUCUAGUGAUUCUUGUGCUUGUGUUUGAAAUAGAGAAAUUUGCUAUUAACGCUAACUACUGUUGUUGUAUGUUAUCCUUUUUGGGUGAUUGUGUAUUGCUGUAUCGCUAACUACUGUUGUUGUAUGUUAUCCUUUUUGGGUGAUUGUGUAUUGCUGUAUCUUCUCUUCA